AGAGCUAGCUUCUAACUUGCUGACAACAGAGAUUCGAGGAUGGUUGUCAGGUGAUGCUAGCUAACAGUUUAGCAGUUAGAUAGUCGUGUCUCUUGGGAUGUAUUUACCUGCUCAUUUACAAUUAAUACGUACACAUUGACUCUAGCUGAAGAGGAAGUUUAGUCGCUAAUUGACGUAGACCAAUUUAAAUAACUUGUGCUAGCUAGUAACUUACCGGUUGAGCAGUGUUGUUGUUUUGGUCGCUAAUACAAGCUAUCUUAGAUUCUAAGCUGAAACAGAGCUGAGCACUAGGAUUAGAUUUGUCAUAUUGAACUUGUCGGCUAGCCAACGUAGGAGUUCACAUAGUAGUGUUCGGAGAUGUUUCUAUUUACAGAAAUACGUUUUAGUUGACCCACACUUUUAGGGAGAUUUGCUAAACCGGUGUAGAUGGCAAGAAUUGAGCAAAGUAAUGGACUCCAGUCAGCACAUCAGUCCACCAGAAGUUUACGAGGAACCAUGGAAAACCUGACAGAUGAUGGAGAAGCAGAAGGGAAUUCUUCUUUUGGCUCGGACUCAGAAGUGAACGGCUAUGCCAACACUGGGGAGAGACAGACGGACAAAUAUGGUUUUAUUGGAGGUGCCCAACAGUUUUCAGGAGACUCAGCGGAGGACGUUCCCCCCGAGGUGCUGAGGCAGAGGGAGGCCAAAUGGCUGGACAUGCUCAACAGCUGGGACAAGUGGAUGGCCAAGAAACACAAGAAGGUGAAGCUGCGCUGUCAGAAGGGGAUCCCCCCGUCUCUGCGCGGCCGGGCUUGGCUCUACCUCUCCGGGGGGAAGGUGAAGAGGGAGCAGAACCAGGGAAGGUUCCAGGAACUGGACAGCCAACCCGGAGAUCCAAAGUGGCUGGACGUGAUCGAGCGAGACCUCCACAGGCAGUUCCCCUUCCACGAGAUGUUCGUGGCGAGGGGAGGCCACGGGCAGCAGGACUUGUUCCGCGUGCUGAAGGCCUACACGCUGCAUCGCCCCGAGGAGGGUUACUGUCAGGCCCAGGCUCCCAUCGCUGCUGUUCUCCUCAUGCACAUGCCCGCUGAGGAUGCAUUCUGGGGUCUGGUCCAGAUUUGUGAGAAGUACCUACCUGGAUACUACAGCACAGGGCUGGAGGCGAUCCAGCUGGACGGGGAGAUUCUGUUUGCCCUGCUGAGGGGCGUGUCGCCCGUGGCCCACCGCCACCUGAAGAAGCACAAGCUGGAGCCCAUCCUCUACAUGACCGAGUGGUUCAUGUGUGCCUUCUCCCGAACGCUGCCCUGGGCCUCCGUGCUGCGGGUCUGGGACAUGUUCCUCUGCGAGGGGGUUAAGAUCAUCUUCCGGGUGGGCCUGGUGCUGCUGAAGUGCAUGCUGGGAUCUCAGGAGAAGCUCAAGGCGUGCCAGGGCCUGUAUGAGACCAUGGAGCUGCUGAGGGCCAUAGAGGCCCGCUACAUGCAGGAGAGCUUCCUGGUUCGAGAGGUCAUGGAGCUGCCGGUGGCGGAGAGAGACAUCGAGAAGGAGCACCUGGCCCAGCUGAGGCGCUGGAAGGAGAGCCGCGGCGAGCUGCUCUGCAAGUCCCCUCCCAGGAUGCACGGCGCCAAGGCCAUCAUGGCGGCCGAGCCCCCGAGCCGCCAGGACCUGAGACAGAAGCCCACCAUCGUCGUGGAGUCGCCCCCGGCAAUCAGGAGCGCCCAGGAGGACGCCGAAGGGGCGGCGAGGACGAAAAGCAGCAGUCCACCUCCGGGAGCAGCCAAUCCCGACCCUUCCUCCGGUGGCCCCUCCUCCCCCGUAAAGGACACGCCCUUGCAGGGCUCCAAUCAGAGCUUAGACACCUACCUGUAACACGAGGGCGAGAGCAGGGAGGUGUCACUUUGCUUGACGACUUGACUCGACCCCGAUCCUUUCGUGGCGUCACCCCCAACACAACACCCCCGCCCAUCCCCUCCGACCACCCCAAACCUCCCUCCUAAAGCUGCCCACAACCACAGUGAAAACUCCCAUGUCCAUCACAUUCCAGCACCAGCUCCAUCGCCAUUUCCAACUCGUCCACGAGAGAUGUGGCCGAGUGUCCAUGUGCGUUUCCCCCCCCUUCUCUGCUUCUCUCUCUGUGUCAUCGCGUACAGACAUGCGGGAGACGAUGACAUUUCAUUAUCAGUUGAGAGAUUGAUGCUUUGACCUUAUAUCACUUCACUGGGCCAUACGGGUAUACGAACCAAGGCUGCAGGCAUCACGGUGUGUUUAAUCAUUUCCACUCGCGGAGCGGAGUCAGCCCUAAGGCACUGGAGGUUCUCCACUUGAUCCUGGAGCGAGACACAACAUGCCAACGCGUACCGAACAAGCUUCCUCAGGAGUGCCCUCGUUCGACCACAGAGAAAGACUAUGGGUAAACGGCCAGCGUACUGGUUUUGGAUGAAGGCGGAUCUUCGUAGGUGUUAUUGAUCGUUGCGACCACUAGAGGGCUCUGUGGGGCUGUGUCUGGGGCUUCUCUGUGGGCUGGAAGAGUUGGGAGAAAUGGAACUGAGAGAUGAAGGAGAUCUAAUACCAAAGAUUGAUUGUGUUUUGAACACGUUUGAUUCCGUUUUGAUUGCGACAUUGUAUUCAGUCUGGGGGUAAACUCAGACG